AUGCCUGAACCAGCCAAGUCCGCUCCCGCACCUAAGAAGGGCUCUAAAAAAGCCGUGACCAAGACCCAGAAGAAGGAUGGGAAAAAGCGCAGAAAGAGCAGGAAGGAGAGCUAUGCCAUCUACGUGUACAAGGUGCUGAAACAGGUCCACCCCGACACCGGUAUCUCCUCCAAGGCCAUGGGGAUCAUGAACUCCUUUGUCAAUGAUAUCUUCGAGCGCAUCGCAGGGGAAGCCUCCCGUCUGGCUCACUAUAACAAGCGCUCCACCAUCACCUCCCGGGAGAUCCAGACUGCUGUACGGCUCUUACUGCCCGGAGAGCUGGCCAAACACGCCGUGUCUGAGGGCACCAAGGCAGUGACCAAGUACACCAGCGCCAAGUAAAACCC